AUGAAGCAUACUUUACUUCCUCUUAUCUCUCUACUCCUGGGCUCUAGCCUUGCUGCGGAUGUUGUUACAAUUACAGCACCAGCAUCCAUACCUUCCAACGAGCCAGAAUGGAAGGAGAAAGACACUUUCACAUCAGCUGUUCUCAACAGCACAAAUUUCUACCGCGAAGAGCACAACGCUACAGCUUUAAAGUGGAACAAGACACUCGAGGAGUUUGCAUCAGACUACCUCGAUGACCUCGAUGACUGCGAGUUCGAGCACUCUGGUGGUCCCUAUGGCGAGAACCUCGCUAUAGGUUACCCCAAUGUCACUGCUAGCAUUGAGGCUUGGGGUGAUGAGCGUGAGAAGUACGACUUUGAUGAAGCUGAGUUUGAUGAAGAGACUGGCCACUUCACCCAGCUUGUCUGGAAAGACACCACCACUGUAGGAUGUGGGAGAAAGUUGUGUGGUGAGAAAGGAUGGUAUCUUGUUUGCGAAUACUGGCCAAGGGGUAAUGUGCAGGGUCAGUUCGAAGAUGAGGUUGUCAAGGAGGAGGGUGGUGCGUUUACUACGAAACCCGGUGUUGGAUUAGCGCUGUUUGUGUUCCUUGGGUAUAUUGUUGUCUUUUUAUAG